AUGGAAAAUGAUAAUGAGAAGAAAGAUCUUAUAUUAGAGGCCAACAAAAAAUCACCUGCUGAAGAGUCCUCCUCAAGAGUUCUUUUCAUGCAUAUUUCUUUAAAUCUAGCAGCUCCAAUAAUUCUUUUAUUUUUAACCUUUAUACCUGCAUUUGUAAGAGACUUACUAGCACUUAUUUCAUUAAUUCCAGCAAUAUAUUUCACUCAUCAUACUUUUAGCUGGGAAUUAGUCGGAAUUAAAUGUAUAAUUGACAAAAAUCAACAGCCAUCAUUCCCACAUUUUGUUUACUCAUCAAGAUCAUUGCCAUUUGUUGCAACACUCGCUAACUCAAAUGCAUUCUGGCUCACGCUUUUUAUUUCAAACGUUUCAUUUCUUUUUGCACUCGUUAAAUCAUUAAUUUCUUACGAGUAUUUCAGAAUUCUGGUACUUCUUGCAAUGGAAGCCGCCAAUGCUUUAAGCCUCCAGCUUUUGAUUAUUUGCCACGGAAGAACAAAAACUGAAUCUGACGCCGUAGCAAGGAAUCUUUUGCUCGAUCCUCAUGUUGAAUUCCAAAGUGUCGUCAUUGAAGAUUCUAGCGAGGACUUUGAUCCAAAUAUUCCACAACAAACAGCUCCUGUUAAAUUAAUUACUUCUGGAGGAAUCGCAAUCCCAGAAAAGUUCGCUGGAAAGCCUGCAGCUAA